AAGAGCAAGUAAGGAAAAAAUAGCAUUAUGGAAAAUUGACAAAUGAAUGUCUAUCACUCAGCCAUUGGUUUGGUUAUGAUCGACCGGCGAGUUUUUCGCGCCAAUUUUGCAUCCCUUCGAUACCAUAUUUUGCAACGUAAUAUAGAGGUGUCAACGACAAACGGAUGAUUUGAUUAAAAAUGAAGUUUAGAUGCAGAAUGGUGGACGCGGGUGCCAUGCGGGAUUUUACGUCUAUUAUCAGUACUAUAUCUCGAAUGGCGAAGUACUGCGUGUUGCGAUUGACAGUGGACGAAUUGUGCUUCAACGUCGGUGACGAGCGUGAACCCGUGCUCUGGGCAGUGCUCUCGCAGCAGCACUUCUUCGCGGAGUACGUUAUGAGCGGUGUGUCCGAACAGGAGAAUGAGAUCUAUUUGGAGUUCGAUGCCUCCAUGCUCGCCAGAAGCCUCAAUAGCCUGAGGAUAACGACGAGUGCGAGGAGCGCGAAAAUUAAAUUGACGAACAAGCGACAGCCCUGUUUAACAUUCGAUAUUGAUCUGUCCUCGAUGUCCAUCGAUUCCCGACAGUGCGUACACGACGUGCCUGUGAAGCUCAUACCCCGCAGAGAGUGGCCAGAGCACAAAAUGCCAGACGUUCCCAGAUUUGAUAUAUCAGUGGAACUCCCGCAGUUAAAGUACAUACGGCACAUCUUGGACAGAAUGAAAAAUAUGAGUAACCAGUUGACAGUGAUGGCCAAUAAAUGCGGUACACUGAUAAUAAAGGUCGAGGUGGACUACGCUACUGUGUCCACUCAUUUUAAAGGACUGGAAGUCUGGGAAAAUGAAGAGGGACAGGAAAACGACGAUAUUUCGGCGAUAGUUAGCAUAAAAAAGCUCGCUAUGUUUCUGGGUUGGGAUAUUCUCCAUCCAGAUAGCGUUAAGUGUCACUUGUUGAAUGAGAAGAUGGUGAAGCUAACUUUAGACGUGGGAGAUCACAUUAAGAUGCAUUAUUUUAUACCUGCGAUUGCCUCUUGAGAGAAGAAACUUAAAUAUAGUAUAAAAUAUAUAGUACCUAAAUGCAAAAUA